AUGGCUUCCCUGGGCUUGCCCGGACCCUCCUCCUACCACGACCUCUGCUGCUACGGCGCAGGAAUCGCAGGGAACAUCUUUGCCUUCGUGCUCUUCAUCUCCCCGCUGCCGACAUUCAGGAGGAUCGUCCGGAAUGGGUCGACGGAGCAGUUCUCGGCCACGCCCUACAUCUACUCACUCCUCAACUGCCUCGUCUGCAUGUGGUACGCCCUCCCCUUCGUCUCCUACGGCGUCGUCCUGGUCGCCACCGUCAACACCAUCGGCGCCGCCUUCCAGCUUGCAUACACCGCCGUCUUCAUCGCCUACGCCGACGCCAAGAAAAGACUCAAGGUGUCCGUGCUGCUGGCAGGGGUGUUCUGCGUGUUCGGGCUGAUUGUGUAUGUCAGUAUGGCGCUGUUUGAUCACAAGCCUCGGCGAACAUUCGUCGGCUAUCUCAGCGUGGCGUCCCUCAUAUUCAUGUUCGCAUCCCCUCUGUCCAUCAUUAAUUUGGUGAUCAGGACCAAGAGCGUGGAGUACAUGCCAUUUUAUUUGUCGCUAUCGAUGUCCCUGAUGAGCAUGUCGUUUUUUGCAUACGGGGCGCUUCUGGAUGACUUCUUCAUAUACGUUCCCAAUGGCAUCGGCACAAUCCUAGGUGUCAUACAGUUGCUGUUAUAUGCCUACUACAGUAGAAAAGGAUCGAGAGACGAAGCCAGACGGCCAUUACUAGUCACACAUACAUGA